AAACUUUUUAUCUUAUCUAGCUGGUGCCCCACGAUCCUAUGAUGGAAGGGGGCGAACUCCGGGUUUGCACAGUCGACAACUGAGGGCCACAGGACAGUUAAGGCAAUCGCCGGCGACAGCCGUAUUCGCUUCAUCUCGCACUUAUCAAACGCUUUUGGACGCCACGAGUUCUCCAUCCCAGAAUCAUGCAGAACUCGGUGUUAAGUUCAUUCAUUUCGGCACCUAUUUUCAAUGUCUCAUACCGACCAGUUUGUCAGCUGCGUCAAAGGCACGACUAUAGCAGCAGUGAGUGAUUAUGGCGGGACUCAACACCCGAGUGGACACAGGCUACAAUGCCCGUGUCGAAAGCUUCAGAGAUGAAGAGUAUCCCAUGCUUGAUGGCUCCAUCUACCUCGACCAUGCGGGCACAACUCUCUAUCCAAAGUCCCUGAUGGACAGGUUUGCCAAGGAGAUGACCGCCAACCUGUUUGGGAAUCCACAUUCAGCCUCGGCCUCGUCUCAGCUGUCAACGGCACGAAUAGAAGACAUCCGUCUCCGCGUGCUCCGUUUCUUCAGCGCUGACCCGGCCGAGUUCGACCUCGUGUUUGUGGCGAACACGACAGCUGGAAUCAAGUUGGUUGCUGAUGCCCUGAGGGCCGGUCCUGAUGGCUUCGACUACGCCUACCACCAAGCGAGCCACACCAGUUUGGUUGGCGUCAGGGAAGAAGCUCGAAAUAGCUUAUGCCUCGACGACAGGCUGGUUGAUCAAUGGCAGAAAGGGGACUCGCCUUUGGGUGAUGACAGCGGGGACCGCCCGAUCUUGUUCGCAUAUCCUGCGCAAUCCAACAUGGACGGCCACCGGUAUCCCCUGCGCUGGGCUGAGGAACUCCGUCGCGGCAGGAAGAAGACGUUCACUUUGUUGGACGCAGCAGCGCUGGUCUGCUCCUCUCCAUUGGACCUCAGUCAGCCCGAGACCGCUCCUGAUUUCACGGUGCUCAGCUUCUAUAAGAUCUUUGGGUUUCCGGAUCUCGGCGCCUUGAUUGUGAGACGGGAGGCAGAAGAGGCACUCAGACCGAGACGGUAUUUCGGCGGAGGCACGGUGGACAUGGUCGUCUGCUUGAAAGAGCAGUGGCAUGCGGCCAAGACCCAGUUUCUACACGAGCGUCUCGAGGAUGGGACACUGCCCAUCCAUAGCAUUAUUGUACUUGACGCAGCCAUGGAUGUUCACGAGCAACUGUUUGGCUCAAUGCGGGACGUCGCCGCCCACACCUCGUUUCUUUCAAGGAGACUGUAUCGUGGGCUCAAAUCCUUGAGACAUGGGAAUGGCGAGCCAGUGUGUGUUCUGUACUCGCAGGACUCAGACUCAACCGACAACCGCCUCGGAACUGGUCCUGUCAUUGCCUUCAACGUCCGCAAUAGCCUAGGGGCCUGGGUGAGCUUGACAGAGGUCGAAAAGCUUGCCGCUUUGAAGCGCUUCCAUAUCCGUACGGGCGGCGUCUGCAAUCCAGGCGGCAUUGCCUCGGCUCUCGGGCUUGAGCCGUGGGAGAUGAUGCAAAACUUCAGUUCAGGAUUCCGCUGCGGAACCGAGAACGACAUCAUCGCUGGAAAGCCAACUGGUGUCAUUAGGGCAAGUCUCGGCGCCAUGAGCACCAUAUCGGACGUGGACAGCUUUGUGAACUUCGUUGCCGAGUUCUAUCGGGAUGCUGCACCCACUCCGAUUCUUACAAACCCGGUACCGCUGCCUCAUGGUCAGUCAUGGCUCCAGGUUCACAGCAUUUCCAUCUACCCGAUUAAAAGCUGCGGAAGAUUCGAGGUUCCAUCAGGAGUGGACUGGGAGGUCAGACCAGAAGGACUAGCGUGGGACAGAGAAUGGUGCCUGGUACAUCAAGGCACCGGCCAGGCACUGAGCCAGAAACGGCAUCCCAAAAUGGCACUCAUACGCCCAUUCAUCGAUUUCAAAAAAGGAGAGCUGCGAAUUAGGUAUGCGGGCCACAUAGCAGCACACGCACCUCGACAAAUUACCAUACCUCUUUCCAAGAACCCGUCCCUCUUCCGGUCUGCGACCCCCUUGUCCAGGUCCUCCCGAGUGUGCGGCGAGGACAUCCAGGCGCAGACAUACGCAUUACCGGAAGUCAACAAAUUCUUUUCCGACAUACUCGGGGUACCCUGUGUACUAGCCCGCUUUCCGCCCGGCGGCCAAGGGAAGAGCACGCGACACUCCAAGGCGCACCUCCAGAAACAUCAACUUUCACCGCCACCAACAACCAAACCCGCCCUACCAGGCUCAUUUCCACCUUCACCGCCAGAUUCUGACACGGGAAGAGCGUCCCGUCGGAUCCUCCUCUCCAACGAAAGCCCCAUACUUGCCAUCACGCUCCCAAGCGUCGACGCUCUCAACAAACAGAUCAAACUCGCCAAACCGACCUCAACAGAAAUUUCACCGGCAGUCUUCCGAGCAAACAUCAUAAUCGCUCCUUCGGUGGUGGACACCCGCCUACUACCCUACGCCGAAGACUCGUGGUCAGCACUGAGGAUAGGCCAGCAUGGGUAUGAGAUGCUGGGUGCGUGCAGGAGAUGCCACAUGGUCUGUAUCAACCAGGAGACGGCGGAAAAGAGCGAGGAGCCGUUCGUCACUUUGUCCAAGACACGGCGGUUUGAUGGGACGGUGUUUUUUGGAGUGCACAUGGCUUAUAGUGGAUCUCAGGGAGUUGGAAGUUUGACGAGGGAGAGGCAGUUCGCUACUGUGAGAGUUGGAGAUGUGGUUGUGCCCGAGUGGCGGGUCGAGUAAAAGAUUCGCUGAAAGUUCCUCGAAAUCUAUCUACUGUAUUCUGAGCCCUCAGCGAGUCAUGUCCCAUCCCCCUGAAUGACUGGACCAGUGGCGUGGUGCGAGAAAGAGAUCGACAGUGUAAGUCUUCGGGAUAUUAGUGAGACACCAGUAACUAAUCAUAUUCUCGUCUUUG